AUGGCCGAUGAGACACCUUCUUGGCAGCAAGAUGAUGCACUCGAGGAGGAGGAAGACGUUGAUGAAACGGGCUAUAAAUCUGUCAAAGAUGCUGUCCUUUUCGCCAUUGAGAUCAGCGAGUCCAUGUUGACUCCGCCUCCUGACACAGGCUCCAAGAGAGCUGAUAAGGAAUCGCCUGCGACUGCUGCUCUGAAAUGUGCAUAUCAUUUGAUGCAGCAGCGGAUAAUAUCAAACCCCAAGGACAUGAUUGGCAUUCUACUAUACGGGACAGAGGAAUCCAAGUUUUACGACGAUGACGAGAGCGGCCGGGGAAAUCUGUCAUACCCUCACUGCUAUCUAUUCACGGAUCUUGACGUGCCAGCGGCAGAUGACGUAAAAAAGCUUAGGGCAUUGGUGCAUGACGAGGAGGAGGCAGAACAGAUAUUGGUCCCGUCAAAGGAACGUGUCUCGAUGUCCAAUGUGCUAUUUUGUGCGAACCAGAUAUUCAGCUCCAAAGCCCCCAAUUUCUCCUCCAGACGAUUAUUCAUUGUGACAGACAAUGACGACCCUCAUUCCAAAGACAAGGGACUGAGGUCCGCCGCAACUGUUCGCGCGAAGGAUUUAUACGAUCUUGGCGUGACUAUCGAGCUCUUUCCAAUAUCCCGGCCAAACCAGGAAUUCGACAGAUCGAAGUUUUUUGAUGACAUUGUAUACAAAUCGUCUCCGACAGAUCCAGAAGCGCCAGCCUUCCCCACGGGCCAAACAAAAACCUCAACCUCAGGCGGCGAUGGCAUAUCACUUCUAAAAUCAUUAUUAUCUUCGAUUAACUCCAAAUCGGUACCCCGUAGAGCACUAUUCUCAAACGUACCAUUGGAAAUAGGGCCAGAGUUCAAAAUUUCCGUCACCGGCUAUCUAAUAUUCAAGCGUCAAGAACCUGCGCGGAGUUGCUACGUGUGGCUAGGGGGAGAGGAGCCGCAAAUAGCCAAGGGCAUCACUACCCAAAUGGCUGACGAUUCUGCACGAGAAGUGGAAAAGUGGGAGAUCAGGAAAGCAUAUAAAUUCGGUGGGGAACAAAUCUCCUUUACUCAAGAAGAGCAGGCAGCGCUGCGAAAUUUCGGUGAGCCUACGAUUCGCAUCAUCGGAUUCAAACCACUUUCCGCCCUCCCAAUAUGGGCCUCUAUGAAACACCCAACUUUCAUAUAUCCAUCCGAGGAAGGGUAUGUCGGAUCCACACGCGUCUUCUCCGCACUUUAUCAGACGCUUUUAAAGAAGGAGAAACUAGCACUUGUAUGGUUCGUGCCUCGUAAAAACGCAGCUCCCGUUAUGGCUGCUAUGAUUCCCGGCACUGCGAAGCUAGAUGAAGACGGCGAAGAAAUUAUCCCGCAGGGCAUGUGGAUCUUGCCUCUCCCAUUUGCAGACGAUAUCCGACAAAAUCCAGAAACGAAUCUCAUCACGGCUCCAGACGAAUUAGUUGAUAAAAUGCGCACGGUCAUCCAAUUACUUCAAUUGCCCAAGGCACAAUAUGACCCCCAGAAAUACCCAAAUCCUUCUUUACAAUGGCACUAUCGCAUUUUGCAAGCCCUGGCUCUCGACGAGGACCUACCAGAACAGCCAGAAGACAAAACGAUACCAAAAUACCGUCAAAUCGACAAGCGCGCUGGUGAACACGUGAUAGCCUGGGGUGAAGAAUUAGAAGCCCAACAUCUGAUACUCGAAGCAAAACAACCAGCAACUUCCACCCUCGUCAAACGACCAGCAAGUAGGGCUCAAGAACAAGUCAAUGGGGGGUCACGGCCCAGCAAAAAGGUGAAAACCAGCUCUGAUGCCACGGGCGCCGAUGAGGAGGUGAGAUUACACUACGAGAAGGGAGUGUUGAAUAGGUUGACUGUGGCUGUCCUUAAGGACUACCUUCAGUCCCAGAAUCUGUCUACGACGGGUAAAAAGGCCGAUUUGGUUGAGAGGGUGGAAGAAUUUUUGGAGCAGAAAUGA